AACCCGGAUCCCACAAUCCCACUUUUCAAUCAUUCAUUCUCAGAAACAGGCGUGGACAGCGACAGUGCAUAUCCGUGUCUGUAUAUUUGCGUAAGUGGCAGGUAUCCACAACUCAACUCCGACUAUGGCAAGUAGCAGAAAGGUUGCAGUAGUGACGGGGUCCAACAAGGGCAUUGGCUUUGCUGUCGUCAGAGCGUUGUGUAAGAGCUACGAGGGCGAUGUUUUCCUCACAUCUCGGGACGAAAGUCGUGGCCAAGCAGCCAUCGCUGACCUAAACAAGGAAGGCCUACAGCCCAAGUUCCAUCAGCUAGACAUCAACGACCGGUCAAGUGUAGAUCAGUUGAAGUCCUUCCUACAGGCCACCUACGGGGGAUUGGAUGUCCUAGUCAACAAUGCCGGAAUAGCAUACAAGAAUGCCGAUCCAGCACCUUUCGCGGAGCAAGGUGAAGUUUCGUGUAAAACCAACUUCUGGGCCACCCUGGAUGUUUGCCGUGUGCUGUUCCCCCUGCUCCGACCUCACGCCAGGGUCGUGAACGUCUCAAGCUUGGUAUCUCAAUUUUCCAUCACGAAAUGUUCUCCAGCUGUUCAAGGUCGCUUCAAGGACCCCAGUCUGACAAUGGAUGGUUUGGAGAAGAUCAUGCAGGAGUUUGUUGAUGCUGCCAAGGCAGGUACUCACCAGGACCAGGGCUUCCCCAACACAGCGUAUGGGACGUCCAAGAUCGGGGUCACUGUCAUGUCCUUCAUCCAAGAUAGAGAAAUCAGGAAGGACUCAAGAGAGGACAUUGUCAUCAAUGCGUGCUGCCCGGGCUAUGUGGCAACAGACAUGUCAAGUCACAAAGGCACAAAGACCAUCGAUGAAGGUGCAGACACCCUGGUAUAUCUGGCUCUCCUUCCCCCCAACACAGCAUCGCCAAAAGGCAACUUCGUAUCUGACAGAACCAUCCAGAACUGGGGAUAAUCUGUGAUUAUACCUUACUCAACAUGCGCACAGAUCCAGUAUAUGCAGUAUAUGCAGGUCUCACAGAGGCAGGGUGAAAACUUUGCAGAUAGUCACCCUCUCAGAGAAUGUAGUCAUGUUACGUUAACAAAUAACUUAGCAAAGCAUACACUUGAAAAUUAGAUUUGAGCAAGCAAUUACAAGCGUCAAGUAAAACAGUCUUCGAAACACAUCCAAAACACAAACUGUGAUACCCAUGUCAGAUAAUCACCACCAAAUUACCAUUUCUUGUUUGUUUUUCGGUUUUAGCCACCAUCAAACAUGGAUGUACACUUUCUUUUGCCUGGCAUUUUAUUUUGGUGUUUUUGCCUUGAAACAUUUUACUGUUUUACAUAAAGUUAAAAUGGCAUGACCUGGUGUAUACUUUCUUUUGUCCGGCAGUGUAGUCUAAAGUUGUCCCGUGCCACGGCGUUGAGGUCAGUGACAACCUGAUGCUGGAGGCAGAUUGUGGACCGGCCUCUUACCCUUCAGUACAUGUCCAGGCCAGAGUAAUGCUCAUAAGGAUUCCAACAAUGUGCAUUUCAAAAGUCUUAAUACUAUACUUGCAAUACUGUGGUGAAAAGAUGACCUUCAGUAUUGUAAUAACUAAGUCUCUUGUGAUUUCAAAUCUUUAUUCUUGUUUCUUUCAUUCUUUCUUAUCUAUUUUCCUUUUGAUCGUUCACACAACGCAUAUUUGCAGAAUUUGAAACAGAUGAGAAGCUGUCUCAGUGUUUAGCAAAACAAACAAUUAAAAGUCUAUUCGUUUUAGAUAAUGAUUACCUUAAACAUGUAGUGAUAACUUCAACACUCAGGCUGACAUUUGAACUUGAUGGGUAAGUACGUACGGUAAGGUGAGCUAAGGUUGUGCAAGGAGGUGGUUGUGAUUUUUUCAUCAAUCAUUGGUCAUUGACAGUUUGUUCCAACCUAUUACAUCAUCAACAACACUAGGUUCUGCUUAUGGUACAAUACAUUUGAAUCAAUUUUUUUAGAAUCUUGUUGCUUAAGGUACGGUUGAUGUUAAUGAUGGUUGUAUUUUUAAACAUUUAUCAAGGAGUGCUGAAAGCUUUCUUUAUAAAUGUCCGUAUCCAUAGCAUCUAUAAUGAAUUUCCAUCACUGAUGGACAUUCAGCGAUUAUAUCUCAGGUAAUCAAUUCAAUCAUAAACUAUUAUCAAUGACUGGACCAUCACUUGUGGGGAUGUUUAUUGGGUAGAAUAUCGCUAAUGGUUGAUAAACACCUUCUUGACAGUGUAGUAUUAUGCCAGACACUUGCCACAGAUGGAUACAGACUGAAUGAAAUUGUACUCACUUUAUUAAGUUGGCUCAUAUACUUUAUUGUAGAAGUCCAUGACAUAAGGGCCCAACCUUAAAUAUUCUGGGUCGGGGGAGUUGGGCAAGGAUUUUAUCGAAAUAUAUAAUUGUCCCAGAAAAUGUUUUAAAACAUUAUGCUUCAGAUUGUUGCCAAACAAAGAAGUCUGCAGAAUAUUAUGUUGCAAGGUGUUCUUAAACAAAACACAUUUUGGCUCAUAUUUUUCAUUAUACCGUAUUCGACGUAAUAAGCGCCCCGCUCUAAUAAGCGCCCAGGGCGAUAUUUAUAAAUUGGCUAGUGAACAAUCUCAUUUAGCACCCCUUCCAAUUGAUCAAUGUACAUAAGACUUAUUUAUUCGCGUAUGAUACGCACUUGUGUGCUACAUGCACCCUUAAGUAUGGGCAAUUACACUCUGGAAAAAUACAUCUGUCGUACAUAAACAUUUCAGGCUGUCAGCAUAAACCACGAAAUUUUUACCAAAGAAAUAUUCUAGUAAGAGCCCCUUAUUACUAAUUUUGAGUGCGCCCUGGCCGCUUAUUACAUCAAAUACUGUAUCUGGUUUUGCAGCUUGAGCGGAGAAAAUUUCCAGUCUCCAUACAAAAUCCACCCCUGCCCCCAGGAUAGCAAAUGGGUGGUCUCUUAGUGUGAGAUCUAUUAUGGACAUGAUGCUCUAGUUUUCAUCAUUUUUACAAGUAUGUUUAUUAAGUUGAUUGCUGUAAUUGUUAUGUACAAUGUUUUUGCAUGUUUUUACAACCUGGUUCAAUGUUAACAAAAUAUAUUCAUCAAAGGUUCUUGGGUUGAUCAGUUGUGAAGAUUGUUUUUGAUUGGUGUAUUUGUUCUAUACAAUAAUUUUGUACAUUUUGCUGUUGCUGCCAGUUUUUACAUUAAAAGAACUAAUAAAAUUGUA